AUGAGUGGGGAGGGAAGGAUUGAUUUAAAUAAGCUGGAAAGAGAGUUAGUAGGAGCACUUCAGGCUGACAGAAAGUACUCCAGGGAGAAUGAUGCCAAAUUUCGGGCAGUGAGCCAGAGAGUUGCAACUUAUGAGGAGUUUCGGGAGAUUGUGAAUGCAUCCCACCUGAAUCCCCUGGAGCGUAAAGAUGUGAUGGACACUGCUAGAAAGCAGCCGUGGAACAUGGUGGCACAUUUAGGGAGAGGGGAGGCCAUGAGUGAAGGGCCUCAGGCAGGGACAGAGGACCAACACAGCAGCACACUCCCUAAGAAUGGACAGGACUUCAUGAGAGCGUGGAGACAGCUCAAGCACAAGGGUUCAAUCGAUCAAUACAAGUACUUGCUGAACAUUGGCGGAGUUGGCCUACACAAGGUCUUUAAAGUAGAGAUAAGCAUGGAGUUACUCGGAGAGAUGCUACAGGUGCUGAGAGAUGGAUACACUGCCAAUGACACUGAGCAUGUACUCUGCAUUCUGAGCCAACUCUCCAAGUCCUCACGAUUCGGCCUCUCAGUGACUUUUCUCAGUGUCACAGAGAAAAAGGCAGUCACAGAACUAUUCCAACAGUUAUCCACAUCUGAAACUGAACAAUCAUUAUACGACAUUUCUGAAAUAGCUAAACUUUAUUCAUGCAAUGCAAACUGAUUUUUUGUAAAGAAAGUACACUGGGAUAUUUCAUAAGUUUUGUGGUGGAA